CUCUUCUUGCUCGCCUCACUUGUCCACUGUGCAGAUCCGGAUCCUCUCCUCUCUCUCUGGGACCAGGUACCACCAGAGGCCCCUGCCUACACUUCCCAGCCCCGAUCAGACCUCGGACAACUAAACUGCUGUGGAUCUUCUGCUUUUUGGGUACCCUUCACCUGGCGACGUCGGUGCGCACCGAAGUUACGCACGACUUUUUGUGGAGGGAGAGACAGCAUCCUAGCACAGGUCUUGAUAAAGCCAGCCUCUAUCAUUCUUCACUGUGGUGUCUGAGUUCAUAGUCUUGGGUUGAUUUAGGUUAUUGUUUGCCUUUUUAUUCGGAUAGAAAGAGUUUAACAUGUAUGUGAUUCAGCUGUGAUUUUCAGGUUAAAACGGUUGCAAAGGCGCGCGGCUGUUAUCUAAACAGUUAGAAAAUCACAGGUGCCUGGUUCAACUGCACUAAGUCAGAGCAGCAGCAGCAGCAGCACGAAGAUAGAAAAGGACAAAAUCAAAAUCAACAACAAAGAGACAAAGAACCAAGGCUAAAAGAAAAACAGAGAGGGAGGGAGUGACAGAAGAGAGCGAGAGAGAGAGAGAGAGAGAGAGAGAAGAGAGAGAGACACCCCCCUGGAGACUAGCUAGGAGACCCGGCCCCCGGCCCGAGAGAAGGAGAGAGAGAGUGAGGGAGUGAGGGAGUGUUUUAAAGCCGGCAGAAGGCAUGAUGUCCUACAUUAAGCAACCCCAUUACGCCGUGAACGGGUUAACGCUGUCCGGCCCGGGCAUGGAUCUGCUCCACUCCGCCGCCGUUGGAUACCCCAGUUUUUUCCUUGAAGACACACCGCGUAAACAGCGCCGCGAGCGCACCACCUUCACGCGCGCACAGCUGGACAUCCUCGAGGCGCUGUUUGCCAAAACCCGCUACCCGGAUAUCUUCAUGAGGGAGGAGGUGGCCCUGAAGAUCAACCUGCCUGAGUCCAGAGUUCAGGUCUGGUUUAAGAACCGUCGUGCAAAGUGCCGCCAGCAGCAGCAGCAGAGCACAGGCCAGUCCAAACCACGGCCCCCUAAGAAGAAGGCGUCCCCCGCCCGAGAUAGCAACACAGAGGCCAGUGCCAACCCCACCAAUGGACCCUACAGCCCUCCGCCCCCUCCUCCGGGCACCGCCAUCACACCAAGCUCCAGCUCGGCCAGUGCCACGGUGUCCAUCUGGAGCCCGGCCUCCAUCUCCCCGCUGCCUGACCCACUAUCUGUCUCCACCACCCCCUGCAUGCAGCGCGCCACCAGUUACCCUAUGACCUACACCCAGGCCCCGGCCUACAGCCAGAGUUACGCAGGCUCCUCCUCCUACUUCACAGGCCUGGACUGUAGCUCCUACUUGUCCCCCAUGCACCCGCAGCUGUCGGGCACUGGUGGGGCCCUGAGCCCCAUCACGGCCUCCUCGAUGGGUGGGCCCCUCAGCCAGUCCCCGGCCUCACUCUCCUCCCAGGGCUACACGGCCGCCUCGCUGGGCUUCGGAGCUGUCGACUGUCUAGACUACAAGGACCAAGCUGCCUGGAAGCUAAAUUUCAAUGCCACUGACUGUCUGGACUACAAAGACCAGAACUCCUGGAAGUUCCAGGUCUUGUAAAUACUAAGAAGUGGGAGGUGGGGAGGCAAGGGGAAGAAGUGAGAAAUCAAAAAAACAAAAUCAAAAUAGGUUGAAAAAAACUCCAGAUUGCAUUUGGUGUGUGUGUGUUAGAAGAAGGAAGACACUUUGGGACACAGAAAGAAAAUUAAUCCAAAUGAGUUGAAGAACCAAUCAGCUGAAAUCACGUCUUCUUUUAAAGCUGUUUCACAAAAACAUGAGUGGAGGUAAACGGAUCUGUUGAUGCGUGGCUUGAUUGUGACAAAGAUUACUGUAGUGUUUCUUAGCUGAGCAACUUUAAAAAAAAAAAAAUCAGCGGUGGAAUCAAAGAGCAGCGAGGAAAAGCAAACAUGAUUUCAAUUACUGUACAAUAAAAUCCAGUUAGUGAGAAAGAAAAAGAGCUCCUCCUAUAAGGAGCUCAGAAUCUCUGUGAUUCAAAUACAGUUGAAUUUAAAUUACUGACGGCGAUCGACUUUGAAAUGAGCAUGUGUGAACAAAGAGGGCCGCUCGGGCACAUGCUGACGGCUCUUUCUGAAAAAUUCAGGAGCUUUUUGUUCACACAAAUGUAGUCCAUCUAAUUUAUUUGUGAAGCUUCACUCAAAGGGUGACCGGUCUUGACUGAUUUGAAGCAGAGCUUGUUUUCUAAAAAAAAUCAGGAGCCUUGAGAUCGAUGUAUCGAAGAGCCCGAGCUCAUGUUUGUUUCUUCCUUCCGGACUUUGUCUUGUAUUUAUUUGUGAUGUUUCACUUUUGCAAAGCUGCUCUUCAUCAGCCGGCUGACUUUAAUAAAAUAAAAAAAAGUAAAGAAAGAAGCUUCGAGCCAAACAACUCAACUUCCCCGACCCGACAUCUUUACAGGGCGUGUUUACAGGAUGGCAACUCUUAUAACGCAGACAGAAGCUGAUGACUCAGUAGCCUUGUAUGAUAUUACGGACCCUCUGCGUGCGACACAAGCAGAGGGCUAGAGUUGGUCACUGAGGUGACUGCAGUACAAACCUGUUGCCUUUGAGCAUGGUUGAAAUCAUUAGCAGAGCGGCUCGUUCAUUGUUAGUUUUAAUAGGAUCACCUCCAGACAAUUCAGGCAACAAUGGUUGCUUUGUGGCUCUUGGCAGCCAAGAACAACUCCCCCCCCCCCCCCCCCCCCUCCAUCUCAGAGUGUUUGCACGAGGGGAGCAGGUUGUUGAAAAAGUAAUUUUUUUAGACUCGGUGAUAAUCGUGUUUUGCGGUGAGGUAUUCGAUGGGAGAGAAGUCUGCACCAGAGAAAGGGAAGGGACUGGGCCGCCCCGCAGCCCGCCCCUUUGCACAGAGAGUUUGGUGCCUCUCUCAACUCCGACCUGUAAAGAUGUGAUGGCUCCACUUUGUGUUUGAUGUAUCUUUUGAUUUUUUUUUUGUUUUUGGUAUUAGAUUUAAACAAUUUUAUGUUUCUUUUAAAAAAAAAUUGUGAAUUCGUUGAAGUAAAAAUGGUGUUAAUUUGUUUUGAAGUUGAUAUUAUCAGUAUUAUCUUCAUGAAUAUUUUGUCUCCAGCUCACACAGACAUGCUAAUAACUUUUUUUUUGUUGUCGUCUUUUUGUAAAUAUUAAAAACUUGAAAAUGCAAUCAUGUCUGGUAUCAGCGGCGAGCUGAUACGCAGGCGCUCCACCCAAAACAAUCUCUCUCUCUUUCUUAAUUUCUAGAAAAACUGCCAACUUUGUAUUUUUUCUCUGUUUAUAUUUUUCUGGUUUCUUCUUCUUCUUUUUUUUCAAACUCAGGGGUUUAUCCAAUAAAAGUAGCAGUAAUAGGUCACAAUGCUGUUUAUGCUGACUGUACUUUUAUCUUUUGCAUUUACUAUAAUCUUCUCUGCUUAUUUUUCUGACAUGAAUUAUUUUGUAUGUUUCAUUCGUCUCCUGUGUUUGACCAGUCUCACCACUACCAUGCUAGAUAGCGAUGAUGUUUCUGAGACAUUAAACGACUUCCUUAAAACUCUG